GCGGUGCCGGCGGCGGUGGCGCCGGCCGUGGAGACGCUGCAGGACGCGCUGUGCUGCCACGUGACGGCCACGUCGUGGGACGCGCUCUUCCGCCGCACGCUGGUGCACGGCCGCCUCUCGCAGCCCCUUCGCCCGGCCGCCGCGCCCGAUGCCGUGCAGGGCGGCACGGAGGCGGGCCGCCUGUUCGCGGAGGUGCUGCGCUCGCUGGUGGCGCUGAGCAACGCGUGCGAGGGGACGGCGGCGUGGGCGGCGGGCGCGCCGCUGGCGGAGCUGCCGCUCGUCGAGCAGAUCCCCGUGCUGCACCGCCUCGACCACUCGGUGAGACUUCGCCAACGGCACGGCACGAACGAUGAGAGGACAAGUUGGCGU